AUGCUUGGCGUUGCUUUCGUCCCCACUUCGCUCCUUUACCUGCUUUGGAGGCUCGCGGGUAGUUCUUCCGAGCGAAAACGAGGGCGGUCAAGCGGCCCGGUUUGGUCAUUUAGCCAAUAUGUGCGGAGACAUCGAAGGAUGAUCGCGGCGAAAAAAACAAGACGCGAUGAGAAAUCCAGAAUUGUUGCAGAAGCGCGGGGGCAUGGGCAGCCACAGCACGGAGCAGCAGGCACGUCUGCGCAGCACUCUGUCGAGACAUGGCUGAAGAAAGGUAUAAGCGCGGUGACCAGUAGGAUCGUGGGGACAUCAUCGUCGUCAUCCUCACGGACUAAAUCCUCGCACGUUUCCAUCGUGAAUGCGAAAGAGGCCGUGGCUGCGCUCCCUGUGCACCUUGAACGUCGGGCACUUUUUGGUUGCAAUGGAGACGGUAUGUGGAGCAAUGUACGCGUUCGUGGGAGGAAAAACAAGUGGAGAGCGUGGAUCGGUGCAGAGACCAGCCAAGCGUUGCUGCCGCCCCUGAGAGUUUUGCAGCACGUGCAGAUGCCGCCAAGCGACAAGAACACGAAGACGCUAAUGGACGCGCACGAGUGGCGGGAGAAAACGCUCGCUCCCACGCUCGCUAUCAACUAUCAGAAGGUUCUGGCACAAGCCGUGCUAGAGCGGGCGGGCUACUACAAGGACCCAACCCGAAAAUUUCAGACUGCAGGUGCUGCCUUGGACCUCUCCAAGUUGUUCUUUGGGCGCAGGCCUGUCGUCCGACAGAAUAGUGACUUCGUCAACGGAACAGAUAGAACGGUGCAGGCUCCUUCCUCCGACGGGUGGGGCAGCGAAUGGGGCGGCAUGUCACUCGCUCAAGCAGACUCAAUCACUUUUGAAACCCAGGAGGACCUGGUGACCUUCGCGCAGACGCGGCUUUGCCAUUGGACCCCUGGACGGUUCGAUUCUCACGGAGCCACGUCGGGAACGGGCAGCUUGGGAGCGACCGGAGACUUCGAGAAGUUCGACAUUUGCGUUGCACCGGAGUGGGACGUCGUUAGCGCGGGACUGAAAACCGACGGAAGAUGGAGGGACUGCCAGGAUUUGCCGGGAAAGCUGAGGAACAGCAUUGAACAGCGACGUGCUGCAUCUGGGGCCACGAACCAGAAGCAUGCGAACUUCUACUAUCUGGACGUGGGUGGGAACCUCGGGUCUUGCAUUUUCGAGAUGCUGGCAACCUCGGCCGAGCUCUUGGCGGGGCUUUUUGUUUUCGAGCCGCACCCCGUCAAUGUGUUCCGACUGACUUCCACUUUGUCCCGGUUGCCCCCGCGACUACGCGAGAAGGUAGUGGUGUUCCCGAUCGGGCUCGGCGCGGUAACCGACCAGCAUUACCCGAUUUUCUCGGAGUCGGGAAACAUGGGGAAUUCGAUUUUGGGAGGAGUCUCCGUUGCAGAAAGCUCAGCUAACACGGCGGGGAGCAGGGGUUUGACCAUCCAUGCGGACACGAUCGAUGAGAUCUUUGGUCGAAGCGCCACCUACGCAAACAGGAAACAGCUAGACAAUGGUGGAAGCGUGUUCUCGGGCGGUUGUCCUCACGGUCAUUCGAGCGGUGCGCCGACUCCGGAAAAAGAAGGGUUUGUUGGGCUCAUGAAGGUUGACAUUCAGGGCUUUGAGUGCAACUUUUUGCGGGGGUUUCUACCGUCAACCGCCGACGCGCGGACGCAUUGGAGUGUGAAUAUUCUGCGGGUCAAGGCAGAACUCGACCCCGCGAUGUUGUCCCGCCAAGGCUGCGCCGUGCCCGAAUACUCGCGGCUGUUCGUGCAGCGCGGGUUCUGCAGUGUUGCGCACAGAGACUUUUCCAACUUUGCGCUGGACCUCGACCUGCGGCGGGGAAAAUGUGUUUCCGCGAAAGGUCUACUGAGCAACAAUGGUCUUCCCUGCACCUGCGAGUGA